GACCUCGGGGGGCAACCCACUCCUUCGUCACCGUCUCCGUCGAGUGGCAAAGAAGACGAGAGGACGAACCGCCGGAGAUGGCCGCCGACGGGGAGCCUCCUGUGAACCACAAGUGAUACGGUGUCGAGACUGUUUGGUUGUAAACGAGGCACGCCGCACGCGUCAUUCUUGUUUUGUCAGGUGAAGACAGUGGUGGUUGGGUGGAGGGGGUGCGCGUGGGCGGCGGUCGAUGACGUUUCUGUUCCCGGUCAAGAACCAGCACGGUGCAAUGGAGGGUAGGCUGCCGGCGUUGGCUAGGGUGUCGAUGUUCCGGAGGCUGGUGAUGCGGGUGGCCCCGGCCGAGCGGCUGGCCGGGGACGGCAAGGAGACUGAGAGGGAGAAGGAUGAGAGGCUGCCAGGCGUGGGCGCGGGCGGGGAGGCGGAGGUGGGGUCGGUGGCGCUGGACCGGAUGGUGCUCAGCUUCAUGGAGGACGCCGCGGCCGUGGAGCGGCCCCCGCGCGGGCGCUGCAACUGCUUCAACGGCAGCAGCGGCCACCAGGACGGCAGCGAUGACGAGGAGUUCGACUUCCUCCCCUCCGCCUCCGCCCCCACCGCGGCACCGGCCGCGGCCGGCGACUCCUUGGAUCUGCUGAAGAGUCUGGUGCAGUGCGCGAGCGUGGCGGAGCGUAACCUUCUCGCCGACGCGUCGCGGAUCACCGAGCGGUGCGGCAAGGGCGGCUUCGGCCGGAAGAAGGCGGACGUCCGGCGCGCGGUGGCCGACGGGCUCCGGGUGCUCGGGUACGACGCCGCGGUAUGCUGGUCGCGCUGGGACAAGGCCCCCUCCCACCCGGCCGGGGAGCACGAGUACAUCGACGCGGUGGUGGAGUCCGGGACGCGGCUGGUGCUGGAGGUGGACUUCCGGUCAGAGUUCGAGGUGGCGCGCCCCACCAAGGCGUUCCGCGCGGCGCUGCAGGCGCUGCCUCCGCUCUUCGUGGGGACCCCCGACCGCCUCGGCCGGAUCGUCGCCGUGGUCGCCGAGGCCGCGCGGCAGAGCCUCCGGAAGCGGGGCCUCCACUUCCCGCCGUGGCGCAAGCCCGAGUACAUGCGCGCCAAGUGGCUGUCCCCCCACGCCCGCAGCUGCCCGGGCAAGCUAACGCCGCCCACGCCCGUGUCCGCCGCUAGCUUCUCCGGCGAGUUCGAGCUGCGGUUCGACGACAAGACGAAGCCCACCAGUUGGAGCUCGCCAGUUGCGGGCGAGGACGGGGAGCAGGAGAAGAUCACGGUGGUGGUGUCGCCGUCACCGUGGCGCCCGGUGGAGCCGGAGGCGAGCAAGAAGAGUCCGCAGGCCAAGGGGAAAGUGGUCACCGGGCUCGCCUCCGUGCUCUGAGCGCGGCGUGGUGCUCUCAACGCCUCAACCCAAGAAAUUUUCUUCCUUUCCUCCCCGCCCCCCCCCCCCCCCCUCCUCCUCCUGCGUUUCUCGAUCCGUCCGAGGCCCGGCUCCAGGUGUUUUAGCGGUUUUCCGGUUCCUCGGAAAAGAGAAAAACGCAGCCGUUUCCAUUUUCAUCUUUUCCCUUUUCUGUUUCUCUUUGUUCAGUUUAUAGUACUAUUUUUGUUCCUGCGAAAUUCUGCGUUUCCACAACGGGUGGAACUGUAGGAAUCUAUGUACUCUUUUGUAGAGCUUCGUUGAGAAGAAGACGAUCUAUCUACUCUUUUGUAGAGCUUUCAGUAAGAGACUGCUGAUCGUGCUCAUGAGAAAUUUGUACGGUGAGUUUUUUGAA